AUGUCAAAACCUGGCAAUAUCGAGCUAUACACUUCGAAAUUUUAUGCCACUUGCACUCUAGGUGGUAUCGUUGCUUGUGGACCUACCCAUUCAAGUGUCACUCCUUUAGAUUUAGUCAAAUGUAGGCUACAAGUAAACCCAGAUUUAUACACUUCCAACUUACAAGGUUGGAAACAGAUAAUAAAAACAGAAGGUGGUGUUUCAAAAAUUUUCACAGGUGUUGGUGCCACUUUCAUCGGUUACUCUUUACAAGGUGCUGGUAAAUACGGUGGUUAUGAAUUCUUUAAACAUUACUACUCACAUACCGGGUUGUUCUCUCAAGAAACUGUCAAUAAACACAAAACUUUGGUUUAUUUAGCCGCUUCUGCUACUGCUGAAUUCAUCGCUGACAUCUUCUUAUGUCCUUUCGAGGCUAUCAAGGUUAGACAACAAACCACUCUACCUCCUGCAUACAAAAACGUCUUCGAAGGUUUAUCAAAAGUUUACGCUAACGAAGGCUUAACCGGAUUCUAUAAAGGUAUCACCCCAUUAUGGUGUAGGCAAAUACCUUACACUAUGUGUAAGUUCACCUCUUUUGAAAAAAUAGUCGAAGGUAUUUAUCACAGAUUACCUGUCAAGAAGUCCGAAAUGAAUGCAUUGCAACAGAUUUCAGUAAGUUUUGCCGGUGGUUAUUUAGCUGGUAUAUUAUGUGCUAUCGUUUCUCAUCCUGCUGACGUCAUGGUCUCAAAGGUUAACGUCGAUAGAAAACCUAAUGAGUCAAUGGGUGCUGCAACUUCAAGAAUCUAUAAACAAAUUGGCUUCAAUGGUUUAUGGAAUGGGUUGCCUCUUAGAAUCGUGAUGAUCGGUACCCUAACAAGUUUCCAAUGGUUAAUUUAUGAUUCCUUUAAAGCUUAUGUUGGUUUGCCAACAAGUGGUUAG